AUGGCGAGUCGGGAGAAGGCGAGUGUCGCGGGCCACAUGUUCGACGUAGUCGUGAUAGGAGGCGGCAUCUCAGGGCUGUCUGCCGCCAAACUCUUAGCUGAACAUGAAGUGAAUGUUUUGGUCUUAGAAGCGCGGGACAGAGUUGGAGGAAGAACAUACACUGUGAGGAAUGAACACGUCAAUUACGUAGAUGUUGGCGGGGCAUAUGUGGGACCAACCCAGAAUAGAAUCUUACGGUUAUCUAAGGAGCUGGGUCUAGAAACUUACAAAGUGAACGUAUGUGAGCGGCUUGUUCAAUAUGUAAAGGGGAAGACUUAUCCUUUUCGGGGCGCCUUUCCUCCAGUGUGGAAUCCUGUCGCGUAUUUGGAUUACAACAAUCUGUGGCGGACAAUGGAUAACAUGGGGAAGGAGAUUCCAGCCGAUGCACCAUGGGAGGCCCCACAUGCUAAGGAAUGGGACAAGAUGACCAUGAAAGAGCUCAUCGAUAAAAUCUGCUGGACAAAGACUGCUAGGCAAUUUGCAUAUCUCUUCGUGAACAUCAAUGUGACCUCUGAACCCCACGAGGUGUCUGCGCUGUGGUUCCUGUGGUACGUGAAACAGUGUGGAGGCACCACUCGGAUAUUCUCGGUUACCAACGGGGGCCAGGAACGGAAGUUUGUGGGUGGAUCUGGUCAAGUGAGUGAACGGAUAAUGGACCGCCUCGGGGACAGGGUGAAGCUGAAGCGUCCUGUCACCUAUGUUGACCAGUCAGGUGACAGCAUCAUCAUAGAGACGUUGAAUCAUGAAGUGUAUGAGUGCAGAUACGUAAUUAGCGCCAUCCCUCCAACAUUGACUGCCAAGAUGCACUUCAGACCAGAGCUUCCGUCAGAGAGAAACCAGUUAAUUCAACGUCUUCCGAUGGGAUCUAUCAUUAAGUGCAUGAUGUAUUACAAGGAGGCCUUUUGGAAGAAGAACGAUUAUUGUGGCUGUAUGAUCAUUCAAGAUGAGGAAGCACCCAUCUCAAUAACUCUGGAUGACACCAAGCCAGAUGGAUCACUGCCGGCUAUCAUGGGCUUCAUACUUGCCCGAAAAGCAGACCGACUUGCCAAGCUCCAUAAAGAAAUCAGGAAGAAGAAAAUCUGUGAGCUGUACGCCAAAGUGCUAGGAUCCCAAGAAGCUUUACACCCCGUGCACUAUGAAGAGAAGAACUGGUGCGAGGAGCAAUACUCUGGGGGCUGUUACACCGCCUACUUCCCCCCUGGGAUCAUGACUCAAUAUGGAAGGGUGAUCCGCCAGCCGGUCGGCAGGAUUUACUUUGCGGGCACUGAGACUGCCACACACUGGAGCGGUUACAUGGAAGGGGCAGUAGAGGCUGGAGAGAGAGCUGCUAGAGAGGUCUUGAAUGCUCUCGGGAAGGUGGCGAAGAAGGACAUCAAGGUUCAAGAACCUGAAUCAAAGGACGUUCCAGCUGUAGAGAUCACCCGAACCUUUUGGGAGAGGAACCUUCCCUCAGUGUCAGGACUGCUGAAGAUCAUCGGAUUUACCACCUCAGUAACUGCCACGUGGAUUGUGGUGUACAAAUUCAGGCUCCUGUCCCGGUCAUGA